AUGCAAGCGCGCUCUACGGUCACGCGUUAGAGAUAAGAGACGGCUGAGUAUGCGCAUUUCGCGAUCUAGCUGGCACAUUUUUCGAUCAGGAGACCGUGGAAUGGUGCAAAAUUGUCCACGAGGAGUACACGGCCGAGGAGACGCGUGGUUUUCCUAGUCCCUCGACGAGAACGCGCUCCAACGCUUCACUUUUUACAACGCGUUUCACCCCGCUUCCACAUUACUUUCUGACGUCUUCUGACGAUUCGGGCGCGAUGUCGAAUGGCUUCUGGAUGGACGAUGGCCAGAAUCAACAAGGUAACGCUUUAAAACUUAAUUUUUAAUAAAUUCGGAGAUGUUUAGGCGGAUGGAAUACGCAAGCGCCCCAACAAGACAUGGGAUGGGGUCAAUUCGACUACUCACAACCGCAACAGCCACAACAACAGCGUGAGUGUUCAAAAGAUUUGCAUAACCGCAAGAUUACCGUUUUUCAGAGGCUGGAAAUGACUACUAUCAGCAGAAUCAGCAGUAUCAACAGCCGCAGAACAAUUUUUAUGGCGGACAAAUGUUUAUGCCGAAUGUUACUGUUGGUGGAGGAGGUAAAACGCUUUAAUACAUUAAAAAAAAACCACAAAACAUCACUUCAGCUGUUCCGAACGCUCCUGCUGACGGCGAAGACUACGAGAACGAGCCGCCACUUCUCGAAGAGCUAGGUAUUAACUUUUCUCACAUCAAAGAGAAGACGAUCGCCGUGCUGAACCCGACCGGAUCCGCCACUGUCGAAGUGAUCGCCGAUCAGGAUCUCGCCGGACCGCUCGUUUUCUGUCUGCUGUUCGGAGCGGCGCUCCUUCUGCACGGCAAACUCUCCUUCGGCUUCAUCUACGGAGUCGGCGGUCUCGGAUGCGUCGGAAUCUACGCUCUGAUGAAUUUGAUGGCGGCCGACGAGAAGAACAUCUCGUUCACCUGCACCGCUUCUGUCCUCGGAUAUUGCCUUCUGCCGAUGGCGUUGCUGAGCAUUGUUACCGCCGUCUUGUCGUUCAAGGUUGCUAAAGUUUAGUUUCUGUGAGUUUCUGUAAACUUUCUAUUUCCAGGGAAUCGUCGGCUACAUAAUUUCGAGUCUCGCAGUGUUCUGGUGCUCGGCCGCUUCGUCCAAACUGUUCGUGAUAGCCCUUUCGAUGGACCACCAACGUCUUCUGGUCGCUUAUCCGUGCGUCCUUCUCUACUCUGUCUUCGCCCUUCUUGCCAUCUUCUAA